GCUCAAGGGGGGCUGAUGAUCUGGGGUCUGAUCAUAACACCAGAUCCCUGGCUAGGGAGCACCUCUGCCAGCCCGUUUCUCUCCUUGUCCCUGCAGUCUCCAUCCGUAAUCUUCCCUGUUGACCCCCAGGUCAGCAAUACUGCCUAAUGUGGAGCAGCGUGUGGGUAGCUCUGGGGCUUUCCCUGACCUGCACCUCAGCCCUCAGCCUCAUCUCCCCUGCCUGGUUCCAGACCCCGACCUUCUCCUUUGGCAUCCUCACCUACUGCUCCUGGCCUCAGGGCAACAGUUGGAACCAGAGCUGCUUGACCUUCAGUUCCCUGGAGGAUAUUCCUGACUUUGCCUGGAAGGUCUCAGCUGUGAUGCUCCUCGGAGGCUGGCUCCUGCUGGCCUUCAAUGCAAUUUUCCUCCUGUCUUGGGCUGUGGCCCCCAAAGGGCUGUGCCCAAGGAGAAGCAGUGUUCCAAUGCCAGGGGUGCAGGCAGUGGCAGCUACUGCCAUGAUUGUGGGUCUGCUGAUUUUCCCAAUUGGCCUUGCCUCCCCAUUCGUCAAGGAAGUGUGCGAAGCCUCCUCCAUGUAUUAUGGUGGGAAGUGCCGGCUGGGUUGGGGUUACACGACUGCUAUCCUCAAUGCAGUCCUGGCCAGCCUCCUGCCCAUCAUCAGCUGGCGCCACACGACCAAAGUCCAAGGGAGGACCAUCAUCUUCUCCAGUGCCACCGAGAGAAUCAUCCUUGUGCCAGAAAUGAACAAAUAAAAAUCUCCUGGGAGGAGCACAAAGGGCACACUCCAGAGUUUUCUGAAAUCAUCAUGUAGCCAACUUCAAAUCCCAUCUCUGCCCCUUCUUGCUGCGUGACUUCAGGCAAGCCCCUUUACCUCUCUGGAAUGGUUUUUUCUUCUGGAAAAUGAAAGUUGAAAUCAUACCUACCUCCUAAGGUUGUUCUGAGAAUUCACUGGAGAUACUCUAUGUAAAUAAGGCACUUUGCACCAUGUCUGGCACAUAGCGUUCAAUAAACAUUGGCUACUAUUAUUACAAUCCUUACCUCAAGGUAAGAGUUUGUGCUGAGAAUUCAACAUCUUUAUGAAAACUGCCCAGGCUAAUUCUGAGUUCAUGGUUGUCACUCAAAAACUAAAUUGUUUAAUUGGCAUGCGCAUAUUCUCUCUCCCUUCUCUUUUUAUAAUUCUUCCUUGUUUUAGAGCAUUUGAAAUUUAUUUUCUCAUCAAAUAUUUAGUGAGUGCCUAUUAUGUAUAAGAUUUUGAGUCAAUAGGCUGGAAGCAGUGGCUCACACUUGUAAUCCCAGCACUUUGGGAGGCUGAGACGGGUGGAUCAUGAGG